AUGACUCCACAAACUUCCCACUGCUACCGCCUGCUCCAGCUGAGUCGAACUCCGCGAAUUCCCUCCAUUCCCCGAAGCCCACUCCCGACCGGCCCUCCGUGUUGGGUCGCCUCCGCCGCCGACUUCCCCCAUCUCGCCAGCUUUGUCCAGUCCACACGGAGGACGGUGGGGAGCGUGCCCGGUCCGCUCGAGGCCCGCCGCCGCUUGGGGAAACGGAACCUCGGAGAUCUCAAUGCCUUACAAUGUCCGCCCACUCCACCACCAUGGGCCUUCCCUUACCCAGUCGACCUGAGUCAGUGGAAUUGGGAGCCGCCAUCUUCAGCUUCGGCGCAACAUGUUGCCUUUGAUCGUACGGCAAUUGGGUUCGAUAAUUCUACGCCAACGGAUUUGCUCGCUAAUGCCGACUUUUUUGUAAGCGGUUGGACGGCGCAUCAAGAUUUGCGACAGUCGAAGAAUGAACCGAUAACACAACAGUUUCUGGAACAGUGCGCGGUAGAGGAGGGAAUACACAACUUCGAGGAUACACAGCACUCGACUUGGGAUGACGUACCAUAUGAUCAGCCAUUGACAGCGCAAGAAGAAACAGAAAAAACGGAAAGCUUCGAGGAUACACAGCACUCGGCUCGACACGACAUCCCACUUGAUGAUGCAUGGUCAGCUCAGGAGAAUACAGAAAGUGUCGAGGAUACACAGUACUCGACCCCCAACGAUACACCAUUUGAAGGCUGGCCUUCACAAAAAAGCCCCGAAGCUCCGAUCGUGGAAGUUGCGAGCUCGAAGAACAACAGUCACUCAACAACCGCAUCCGACAUCUUUGACGAAACCGGAAAUUUCACUUGGGACCCGACAGCGCAACAUACAGACACCUUGGAGCACUCCGAUUAUCAAAUAAUUAUACCAGAAUGGUCGGCAAAAGUUGAUGUGAAAGGCCCAGAGGCUACACAGCACUCGGCCCAGCAGAAUUUCCCAUGGGAAGAAAGGUCUUUACAUGGAGCGCUCGACAGGUCGUUUACAGUAGACCUAAAGACUGCGACUUCAAUAGACACCAGCCAUUCGACAACUGCACCAGAUGUCUUUGACGAUUCAGGCUUCUUUACCUCAGUUCCAGAAUCAGAGAUAGAUCAAAAGAAUACAAAGCCCGAUCAGUGGAUAAGUCCAGAGGCUUUUAUGGAACAAUGGUCAACGUCAGAGCCGCCGGAGGAAGCGAGGCCUACAGAACCAGAGAUUACCAACCCCUCGGCGGUUCAACUACCAAAAUGGUUUCAAGACCCAGAGACCAUAAACAUACGUUCCCUGAGAAGAGGAGGUGACCUCCAGUCAUUUUCGGAAGCCCUGGGACAAACGAUGCCUGAGGAAUUGGAAAACAUGGAGAGGGACGUUGAGCUGGAAACCACGGGUCCAGAGGCCGUCCGGGAAGAGGAGGCAGAAGAGGAUAUAUUGGAGGAGGAACCACAAUCCCCGUCAGCACAGUACGUAAAUCUUCGACAAGACGUAGAUCGUCUACAUGCGGCAUUCACAGAACCCCUGGCGAUCUUUGCGGAACUGUUCGGUGAAAUAUGCGCCAACCUCAAGCAAAACAUUGCUCUUGGCGAGAUAUCGGCCAUAGAACUUAGGGCUAUCUCCCAUGAGCUGAUCCGAACCAUACAGGAGAGAUGGGGCGAAGACGAGGACAUGAUGCAGACCCAUUAUUCGGCGCUGUACAACAUGACACAGGCACAGUUAGCUGUAUUUCUGAAAACCAUUAUUGACGGCGUCAGAAGUUCCGAAACUCUCACCGCAGACGCCGUUGAACCUGCCUUCUGGCGGCAAUUCUUCGAGUGGAUGUCCAAACUUGAACCUGGCAACGACUUGUAUUACCUCUUCUACUGGGGAAUGCGCACCGUAUCCCAACCUGGUAUCAAGAAGGGUAUGGAAGGCAUUUUGACAGUCCUCGAACGAAUUCUCACCGCAUGGGCUGCUCAGCCGCCAGGAACCACAGAUCUUGGGGAAGGCCCUGACGGGGGUCAAUUGAAUGAGGCUGAUAAAGCUACGCCAAACGUUGAGGAAGAAGAUAUCGACGAGAGCGAUUUUGACAACAACGAUCUGGACCAAGUCAAAUUUCACGAAGAUGUCACGGAGGAAGUCGACACUGACCCAAAUCAAGAUUUAUACCUGGAAUGGCCUCCACCAGAUCCCAAGUCUAUCAGCUGCGUCGACUCCGUCCUGUUUGCGCUCAACGUCCGUUCCAGAGGGGAGAAUCCUCAGAGAAACUGUCUACAUGUUCGUUGGGUUUCUGCGGCCUUGGAAGCCGUCUCCCCACACAAGCACAGUAUCCUUUUCGAUGCAGCCACUGAACUCGUUCUGCAACUCGGCUCCAGUCCAGAGGGGAUGGGAAGUCCGGUAGUAUACAACUGGCUUUCUGUGCUGGCCCAGAUGGACGGAGUGAACACACAAUUACUUUGCGAUGCCAUUGAUGCCUUUAAGACGGUACCGGAAACCAUUGAGCAUUUGGGUAACUUUCAUAUGUGCUCGCUGAUGCUCUUUCACUGGGCCAGUCGAGAUCGUCUCAAGAGAAGGUUUUUAACGGCCAGAAUGUACAGGCACAAGCAUGAGGCAUACCAAGUUGGUCUCGACAACAGCCAACUCGCAUGCCUUGCCAUGGCCAUAUAUGAGUCCGAACCAGCGACAAAUCAUGCGCUUUUGUUCACCAGCAUGUUCCAUAUCCUCCGAUCGUUCAACCGGGUUCAUCACCUCCCCAGGGCCCUCAAGAAGUUCGCACGAAGAGGUUUUAUUAACCGCACUCUUCUCGAAGACCUUGCCUAUCUUUGUGAUGACCACAAGGUAGCUCUCAAGAUGCGUCGCAUCUGGGAAGCCUAUGCCUGGAAAAAGAGAGCGAUAGGUCCCGUGUUCAGGGAAAAGAUGGAAAAAAUGAUGAGUUCCAAAAUGCCACCCAAGAUGGAUGACGGCGACAAGCACGCGCCGUUCAGCACCCACGUAUACCUAAAGUAUGCCAAGGCCAUCAUUGCCGACCCGAGCAUCAGAAUCUCCACCAUCUGGAAAGUCCUUGACAUUCCCAGAUUCGAAGAGGCAUUCGACCCCGACAGGGUUUCCUUGGAGGACCAACGGAAGCGGUUGAGCCUCCAUGGAAACGUGGGUGACAAGCGUGCCACAGUCGUUGCGCAGAUCGCACCCCUGUUCGCAAGCGUUGAACAUCUCUCCGACAGACAGAAAUACCGGCUGAUGCAACAGUCCAUCAGCUAUCUGGAGGAAGUCGAAGCCAUCAAGGCUGCCCGCGGCAUGGGCGGUCUCACUGAUCAGGACAUUCAGUCCACGGUGCAGCACACCCUUGACUCCAGGUACAGCGAGUCCAACGACCGUGACGCGAUCCACCAGCCGAAUCCAUGGAACCAAGGGCUGAGCGCAGAUGUCCUGAUGGCUCUCUACAAGGUUGUGACCAAGGACUUGGUCAUGGGCCGACCGGGCAGGGAAACGAGGCUCAGGUAUUUUAUUCAGUGCAUGGAGAGGCAUUAUGGACCCGAGGUGGCGAGAGCGACAAGGCAGAAGUUGGUGGACUGGAGGACGAAGCUUUAUGAGCAGGACAAGCCGAAUUCCUAUCAGGUGAGGAGGAGGAGGGAGUUGAAGCAGAUGUCGUCAUAUUAGGUGGAAAGGGGCGUAUAUAACGAACGAAAGCAGGCAUGCUUGCACAUAUCUUUUCUUCUUUUUU